CGAUUAGGCCACCGAGAGCUCGCUGCCACGGACAGACUGAGCGUGAGGGUUACCCAGCUCCCGCGUUCGCGAUCUUGAAAACGAAUCUCUCGUCGCGGCCUUGAAGUAUAAAACUUGCUCCAGUCGCUCAGCAUCGAGUCUCUGACGUGAAGUGCUGCCGACGCGUCACAAUGUUCGGCGUUGCCACUGUUCUUCUUGCUCUGCUGUGUGUCUCUAGGGCCGACUGGGCAUCGUACAAGCGAGAAUUUAACAAGACCUACCCCCCGGACGAAGAUGCUCGCCGACAGAGAAUAUACGAGGAGUCUCUGCGGGAGAUGACCGAGCACAACAUUCUCUAUGAGCGAAAGCUCACCACCUGGCGUCAAGGUCUGACGGUGUUUUCUGACAUGACCGUGGAAGAACGAUCGCGCUUCGCAGGAGCUCGCACUGACACGAGGAAGCUCUUCAUGAAGCGCAAACACUUCGGUUCGGGAUUCUACCAGGCAUUCCAAGCUCCGGCUUCUAUCGAUUGGAGGGACAGCAAGUGCAUCACGACACCGAAAAACCAGGACGGCUCUGGAGGAUGCGCAAACAGUUGCUGGGCGUUUGCCACCACUGGUCUCCUGGAAUAUCAUUACUGCAUGCAGCACAGGACUCUGAAGAGUUUUUCCGAGAAGUAUCUCGUCAAUUGUGCAGGCAAUCGGAACUGCAAAGCCGGAGAUGUUGAUAAGGCGUUAGACCAUGUGAUCGCGACGAAGGAGAUCCCUUCGGAGGAAUCGUAUCCCUACACGACUCACUAUGAAGAAUGUCGAGAGCCCGGAAGCGACACAUUUAACAUGAGUGACCUCGUCGGCUAUGAUAGACUUCAGGGUGAUGAGGAGCUUCUGAGAGCUGUAGCCUUCCAAGGACCUGUCGCUGUCUACAUGCUUACCGGAGGAACGAAAUUGACUGCUUUCCGGACAACGAACGACGACGAUAUCUUCAGCGAUGAUUUCUGCGACCAGGCGGGACCACGGGUGAUUGAUCACGCAGUUUUGGUCGUGGGUUAUGGAUCCAACGUCAACGGAAAAUAUUGGCUCGUGAAGAACUCGUGGGGUACGGACUGGGGCCAGAAAGGGUACUUCAAAAUUUCCCGGGAUAGAGCAAAUCACUGUCAUAUAUCGGAUUAUUUGUUCGUUCCUAAGUACAAGUAGUCCCGACGAUUCGAUAUUUUCCCGGUUUCUUUAUUCUGUCAUCACGCCCCAGCUUCAGACCAUAAUGAAUGAAAACCGAAUAUUCGUGGGGUUU